AUGAACUUCCACACGCCGUUUGUCUCGGGCGCAACGCUCCAGGCGCAGCCGCACACACCGUGGCCGGGCAGCGACCGGCUGGCGUACACGGAGCCGGCCGGCGGCAAGGCGGCCGGCUCGUCGGCGGUGGCGGCGCUGGUCAACGUCACGACGGGCAAGGUGCUGACGCGGGUGUAUGAGGCGGCGGCAGGCGCGCUCCGGGCGGUGCUCGCGGCGCGGGCGGGCGACCGGGCGGCAAUCGACCGGUGGACGCGGGCGGCGGCGGCGGAGAACGCGGCGCGCGGGCUGAGCGUGGGCGACGACGGGUACCUCUCGGUCCUCGGGGUGGGCGCAUGCGGGCGGACGCCGCUCGGCCCGCUGGGCGAGGGCUGGCGGACGGGCGGCGGGGCGCCGGUGGCUCCGCUCCCGCCGCAUCUGCGCGGCUUCCACGUGACGCUCUUCGGCCCGCCGGACUCGGCCAAGCUCGCCGUCAACGCCAUGAACGCCGCCGGGCGCAAGCUGCCGGGCGAGCCGGCGCUGGUGGCCGAGCUCGUCGCCGCCGCGGGCAUGGUCCCCAAGUGGGGCGCCGACGACGAAGACUCCAAGACGCCGCUCUUUGGCGACCUUGCCGCCGCGGCGCACCACCUCAAUGCGUGCUUUGACGGCAGCCUGGAGACGACCGACGCGGCGUCGGGCAAGCACUACGCCAUCGCGCCGGCCGAGCCGGCUGCGGGCGUCUUCCCCUCGCUGCCCAUCAAGCGCAUCCCGGGGCUGGACCUGCCGUGCCUCGCCGUGACCAUUGCUGACGAGGCGGCUGCCGGUGGCCGUGACACGGUCCCGUUGCACAUGCUCGACCUGGUGGCGCACGUGGUGGCCAACGCGCACCGGCCCGAGGCGCUCACCUUUUACGUGCCCAAGCUGGAGAAUGAGGAAGAGGCCGCGUACCUCUCUCUGCUCAUCGGCGCGGUGGAGGAGGCCAUUGUGGCCCUCGGCGUGGCGCCCGACUACGUUCCGGGCACCAUCCGCGUCAUCCUCGUCCUGGAGAACCCGCGGGCGGUCUUCCGCGUCCACGAGAUGAUGGAUGCGCUGUACCCGUACUUUGCCGGCGCCUCGCUCGGCUGGCACGACUACCUCGCGUCGACGGCGCGCCUCUUUGCCCACGACCCGCAGUACUCCAUCCCGGUCAAGGCCGACCCGGACAUUGUCAUCAAGCACAUCAAGGAGUCGCACGUCAUGCUCGCCGACGUCGUCGGUGCUCGCGGCGGGCUCAAGAUCGGCGGCAUGUACGGCAUUCUCCCGUCGUCGCGCGAGCUGGCCGAUCCGUCCAUGCAGGUUACCCUCAUCGGCUACGUCCGCGACGUGGUGACCCAGCUCAAGCGCGGGCUCGACGGCUUCUGGGUCGCCCAUCCCGACUUUGUCCGCAUCGGCAUCGCCAUUGUCCAGGCGUGGCGGAGCGACGCGCUCCCCGCCCUCAUCUCGGCCCUCAUCCUGGACCCGGCGUCGGCUGCCGAGCUGGAGGCCUUUGUGGCCGGGCCGGACAUCGACGGCCUCGCGGUGGACGACCCCAAGUACCCGCGCGCCCUCCUUGCCGCCGACGUCGGCGUCUCCAACGUUGUGGCCAACUCAGACGAGGCCGAAGUCCGGUACAACAUCUUCCAGGCCCUGCAGUACCUCGCCGACUGGCUGGUGGGCAACGGGUGCGUGGCGCUGCCGACAACUGUCCGCGGCGUCGCCGUCCGGGUCAUGGACGACCUCGCCACGACCGAGCGCUCGCGGUGGGAGCUCUGGGCCGAGCUCUUUCACGGCCGCGUCGACGUCUACGACUACCUCCGCUUUGUGGAGGAGGAGCUCAACUACAUCCGCCGCGACAAGACCGACGGCCUCAAGGCUGUCCAGGUCAAGUGGGCCCGCGCCGAGAAGUGGUACCCAGUCGCCGCCAACAUUCUUCUCCUCCUCACCCUGCCCACGCCCGACGGCUCCAUCAUCGAGUUUGCGCCGCGCCUUCUCCUGCCGUUUACCCUCGACGCGGUGCGGAGCGCGGCCGAUCCGUGGGCGGCGGCCACGGCGCUCGAGCCGGCCAAGUUUGCGCUCCCGGCCCGGGUCCUCCGCUGGCGCACUCUCUUUGCCGCCAUCGCCCACCCGCGCCUUGCGCUCGCCUUUUCGCACACCAACUUUCCCGAUGCCGGCCGUGUCGCGGCCUACCUCCUCGACGAGCCGGAUACUCGGCUGACGGUCGACGACGUCAUCUACGCCGCCGACUUUCACGGCGACAUCGGAGCUGCCGCCCGUGCGGCCGCUCACGAGCAGGCCGAGCAGGCGGGAGUCGCCGGCUCGGGCCUCGAGGGCGAGCUUGUGGCCGGCGCUGAGGCGUACGCCGCCAAGUACGGCUUCAAGUUCCUCAUCUCGGCUGCUGGCAAGUCGGGCGCCGAGCUCCUCGCUGAGCUCAACACCCGCCUCCACGACUCGAGCCCCGAGGCCGAGCUUGCAGAGGCCUCGGCGCAGCUCACCGCCAUUGCACUCCGCCGGCUCCGCGGCGACGACUCGGUCUCGGCGUCGACGGCCGAGUGGCUUGUGGCGCUCGCUGGGUCGCACGGCGUCGAGUCUGUUGGCUACGCCUGCCUCUCGCGCGGCGACACGCUCCUGGAGCCGCCGACUGCCGCUGCCGAGUCGAUGAUCAAGCACUCGGUGCUUGAGGUUGUGGCGUCGCGGAGCGAUCUCGAGUGGCGGGCGCCGCUGCCACAGGUGGUCGAGGCGCAGACGGUGGUGGCUGGUGCGUCGGCAUGCCCGACCUCGUCGCUCUUCCAGAUGGCCUCGAUGUCCAAGACACUUGGCACCGCGCUUGCACUCGAGUACUUUGUGGGCACGGCCUCACGGUUCCUGCCGAACGCCGUGCCGGUUGUGGGCUUUGGCCUCGAGACGCCGGUGGCGGCGAUGCUCGCCGCCUGCGGCUCGCCGUUUGUCCUCGAGCUCGACGAGAGUGUGCCAGGCGCCGACGCGAGCUGGCUCGACGCGCUCACGCUCUCGCACCUUGUGGACCACUCCGGGCUUGGCCAGCCGUACGUCUUUGGCCUCCCGUCAUGGGUGGCUGCGUCGGGUGCGCCGGUUGAGCUGAUGGAGGGCAAGACGCCCGGGGCGAUGGAAGCCGGCUACGCGCCCAUCAAGGUGGGCAAGGCGCCCGGCUCGCAGUUUGGCUACUCGGGCGGGGCCUUUAUUCUCGUCCAGCACCUGCUCGAGGCGUUUUCGGGCGUGAGCAUUGUGGACUUGAUGGAGGCAUGGCUCCCGCAGCUCGGGCUUGACCCGACGACAGAGCUUGUGUUUGGCGACGUCGACGCGGUCCUCCCGGACGGGUACACAGCGGUGGCUGGGGCGCGCGACUCGAAGGCGCCGGUCCCGCGGCUGCAUUUUCCGGCGCUUGCCGCCGGCGCGUGGGGUACGCCGACCUCGAUCCUCAAGUUUACGGCGGUGCUCGCGCAGGCGUUUGCCUCGCCGGGUGCGACGUACCCGCUCUCGCACGACACGGCGGUGCAGAUGCUCGGCGCGCCGCUCGAUCGCGGGGCGGUGGCGUUCCAGAACGCACGGGCCGGGCGUGGGCUCUUUGUGGUGCAGGCCGGAUCGAACCGGGUCAUGAUCCACCAGGCGUCCAACGACGGGUACACCGGCAUCUACGCGGUGGUCUUCUCAGGCCCGGACGCCGGCUCCGGCUUUUGCACGGUCUCGACGGGCGACCUCGCCGGGGUGUACACCAACGUGGAGAUGGCGCGCAACGUGCUCCGCGGGCUCGAGUGGACGGGCGUGGACCUCGAUGCCUUUGCGCCGCUCGAGUCCUUCGACCCCUCGCCGUGGCCGGCGCACCAGAUCGUGAACCAGGCGUACCGGCAGCUGCUGUUUGCGGCGUUUGAACCGGCGGUGCCGGAGACCAUUGCGCGGCCGGCAUCGACGCCGAUCCGCGAGCUCAACGAGUACGACGUGGCAUCGGGCGCGGCGCUGGUGGCGACGUCAUCGGAGGCCUUUGCGCCGGCGAGCAACCUUGUCGAGCCGCGGGUGGCGGUGUUUGACCCCGAGGCCUUUGGCCUGCAGGGCAAGAUCAUGGACUCGUGGGAGACGGCGCGGCACCGGUCGUACCCGCCGCAUCCGGGCUACGACACGGCACACUUUGCGGUGACCAAGAGCCCGGCGGCCGUGGGCUACGUCUGCAUCUCGACGCUCUUCCACGACGGCAACCACGCGCAAGCGGCCAGCGUCGAGUACGUGCCGGUCGGCGGCGGCGAGUGGCGCGAGCUGCUGGGCAAGAUCCCGCUCGAUGGGCACUCUGAGCACUGGUACGCGCUGGAGACGCCGACGCUCCCGGUGGGCGAGUUCCGAGUGCUCAACUACCCGGACGGCGGCAUCACCCGGAUCGGGCUCUACCCGCCGGGCACGGCCGGGCUGCCUGCGGGCCUUGCGCCUGGCGCGCCCGUGGUGGUCCGGUCGGCGGCGCCGAUCCCCAAGGUCGUUCCGGUCACGCACCACAUGGCCGAGGCAUUCCGCGCCCAGGCGCGCGGCAUCAAGCCAAAGGGCGCGCCGCUGGCCGACGCGGCGUGUCUGGCGGCCGGCGGGCUCGUCGUCGCCGCGUCCAACGAGCACUACGGCCCGGCGGUGGCUGCGCUCGCGGCGUACCCGCCGAUGGGCAUGUUUGACGGCUUUGAGUCGGCGCGCUCGCGGGUGGCCGGCCACGUCGACUGGCUGGAGAUUGCCCUUGCCGAGCCGACAGUCCUCGGUGCCGUCGUCCUCGACUUUGCCUUUUUCCGCAACAACAACCCGUGGCGGGUCACCGUCCUCGCUCUCCGCCCGGGCGCCGACGGCAGCGCCGACUCUGACUGGCUCCCGCUCGUCGACCGCCUCCUCACCAAGGAGUACGCUGGCAACGUUCUUGUCGUCCGCGCUGGCGACCACAUCGCCCUCUCGGCGUCGUACGCCUGGUCGCAGCCCAUCACUCGGGUCAAGGUCAUCUCCGAGCCCGACGGCGGCAUCAACCGUCUGUACGCCGGCCUCCGCCCGGCCCUCGUUGGCAUCGCCGUCUCCGAGGGCGUCUUCUACCUAGCCUUCUCCUCCGCCCGCUCCGCAUACCGCGCCGCCACGGGCGCUGCCACCGGUGCCGCCCUCCCACCGCUGGCUCACCUCGGCCUCGCCGCCGCCGCAGGCAUGGUCAACGUCCUCGUCACCAACCCCAUCUGGGUCGUCAACAACCGCUGCAUCACCGACCGCAAGGCUGCCGCAGACGCAGACGCAGACGCAGACGCUGUCGCAGACGCCGGCCUGCUCGCCACUCUUGCCCGCAUCGUGGCCGACGAGGGCCUGGGCGCGCUGUACAAGGGCCUGGCCCCGGCCAUGGUCCUCGUCGUCAACCCCAUCAUCACCUACACCAUCUUCGAGUCGCUCAAGCCGGCCUUUGCCCCGCUCUCGCGCCUCUCGCGCUUCCUUCUCGGCGCCCUGGCCAAGACCAUCGCCACCCUCGCCACCUACCCCUACGUCGUCGCCAAGUCGCGCAUGCAGGCCGACAAGUCGCGCCGCAACAUCGCCGCUGGCAGCUCAGCCUCGGCCUCGGCCCGCCCAGCCUCGGCCCGCGCCAUCCUCACCGACAUCUACGCCACCGGCGGUCUGCCGGCCCUCUACGCCGGCAUCGGCGUCAAGCUCCUCCAGUCCGUCUCCCGCAACGCCCUCCUCUUCCUCAUCGAGGACGAGGUCUUCAAGACCCUGCUGCUUGUCCUCAAGCUCAUUGCCGGCGCAUCGGGCCGCGCUGUCGCCUAAAACCCGCUCCUCGCGCCCUUUGACCACCAGCCUGCAUGCCCAAGGGGGUAGGGGGUACAAACCCAUUUGGCGAGGGGACAAUUUGGCAGUCGAACCAAUAAAAUGCUCAGCCAG